AUGGCUUUGAUUCCAAAGCGACCACAUCCCUCCGCUGUGCAUCAUUUUCGUGGUAUUCUCCUUUUGCCGACGCUUGCCAAGAGCUUCCAUGCGUUGUUGAGGAAGCGCAUUAUGGGGCUCUUGACACCGCAACGUCUCCCAGGGCAAUUUGGUGGCUUUGCUGGCCAAGAAGUGUUAUUUGGCUCUCAAGCUCUGCGCAUUGCGGGCCGGACAGCCUUAGCCAAAGGCCUAAGCUUUGGAGUGUUGUUCGUUGACUUGGCGACUGCAUUUCAUUGUUUGGUCAGAGAAAUGGUUGUUGGCAUUGGAGAUGUUGACAAAUUGCAUUUUGUCAUGGAUGCAUUGCGUUGGAAUGAUGAUGCUUGCCAGCGUCUCCAACUUGGGCAUGCUCUUCCAUGUCUGCUGGAAAGCCUGGGUGCUCCAGCAUAUCUUGUGCGCUUGAUGCGCAAUGUGCAUGAUUCGACAUGGACAACCAUCAAUGGUAAGGAGUAUUUGAGGACGCAUCGUGGCACGCGACCAGGAUCACCGAUUGCUGAUGCAGUGUUUCACUUCAUCAUGUACGAUUUUUCUUUGGCUUUGAAGCAGUACCUCCAGGAGACCGGAAACGCUGCACUUUUUGAAGAACACCUUGCCAUGGACCUCGACAUGAUUAUCUGGAGUGAUGAUCUGGCGGUUCCACUCUUAGCUGAACGUGCCAGCAUGCUUGUCCCAAAGCUCCUUCACCUUUUGGACUUUGUCAAAGCUGAAUUUUGCAAAAGAGGUUUCCAACUCAACUUGGCCAAAGGGAAGACUGGCGUUGUUGCGACAUUUUGUGGCCCUGAUGCGGCAACCUCGCGGCGACAGUACCAAUUGAUUCCGCAGCCGGGCAUGUGGCAUACCUUUACAGAUGGUUCUGAAAGUUUUGUUCACAUGACUCCUGCAUAUCGACACCUUGGAACCUUGUUUACCUCUGACCAACAAUUGGAUACCGAGAUUGCCUUCCGCAUUGGAGUUUCGCGUGCAGCAUUUGACCAUAUCCGCAAACGGAUCUUGGCCAAUCGUCACCUUCCAAUACGCCUCCGACUGCAGUUGUUUAACUCUUUGGUGCUCUCAAAACUUUAUUUUGCCUCUGGUUCAUGGCAUACCCCGACAGGACGGCAGAUUGACCGACUGCGCACAGCCAUUUCCCGCAUGAUCAAGAUCAUCUAUGGAAAUGCUUUGCCAACCAGGGCCACUGCUCAACUUUUCUCACAUGCGGGUAUUUUGGAUCCCAGAGCCAAGCUUGCAACGGAAAGGCUCCUUUAUGCCCAGAGACUGUUUCAUCAUGGUCCAGAAUUCCUGCAGCUUAUGAUACAUGCAGAAGCUGAACACCAUCCUUUUUCAUGGUUAGUAGGACUCCGUCAUGAUUUGCAAUGGAUGCAGGGCGUCGAAGCGGACCCUGACCCAAUUCUUGUGGCCCAUGAUUUGACUGACCUCAUUGACCACUGGCAGCGAGAUACGGGAUGCUGGAAACAUCGUAUCCAUCGAGUUAGCAGACGUCACCUGUAUCAAGAGGCUAUGAUUUUGGAAGUUCAGCAGUGGCAUGCUGACAUAUUCAAACUACUACGCAGUCAGGCGUUCACUUUCUGUCCAGACCCAACACAGUUGCAUCUUCAGGAGCGCUUAUACCCCUGCCCAGAUUGUGAUCGUUGCUUCACCACUCCACAAGGUGUCCACACCCACAGACGGAAGAAGCAUGGGGUAUUUAGCUUGGAGCACCAUUUGCUUGACUCCGCAACAUGUCCGGCGUGUUUGACAUAUUUGUGGUCUACCCAGCGGGUUCAGCAACAUUUAGCAUAUAUGCCUCGCAGUGGAUUGCCAAACCCUUGCUUUGCCUAUUUGCAACAGAUCGGCUAUGCGGUAUCCUAUGCAGCUGAGCACCUCCCCACUGCGCAGAAGGGCCAAUCACGCCUUGAUGCUCUUCCUACCGCUGGACCAUAUGGAUGUGGACCGACUGCCCGUGACCGUCAUCUUGCUGAUCUUCGUGCCCGCAAGUUAGCAGUUGAGGCGGAAUUUUCCGCCUAUGUGCAACCACAUGAUCCCGCAAGGGCAGGUGAUCGCCUGGGAAGUUUGCUUUCCGCCACAACCCGCAACUGGUUCCGUGAUUUCUGUGAUGCCAAUCAUGACUUUGCACCCAUUGAGAGGCCGCAAGACAGAUGGUUGGAUAUUCUAUGUCGGCUGCCAACCGAUUAUGAAUCGUGGACAGCUAGAGUAUUCAUCCUUUGGGGACGCCACAUUCUCCCGGACAUCAAUGCAGAUCUUUGGGAUGGCGAAGCAGAAGCUUAUUUGGAUGCAGAAUAUGCGGAAUUAGCUGCGGAAUUUGAUGAAUAUUGGCUGGAAGCACGCCUCCAAUCUUUGACCCGCCAAAUUGAUCAGGCAGCAGAACCUAUUCCUGUUGCUGAACCUCAUCGACCAGUCCGUCCUCCACAACAAGAUGCCCAACCGCGCUCUACACCCCAGCUGGCUAUUCCGCGUUUAUUCCAGACGCAGGAGCGUUGGCACGCAGAACUCGAACGAGUGCAAUGGCUGGACCUUCCCGCCGGGCAUCCCUGCGAGACCUUUUCGUCUGCGCGCUGGACGGAUCCUCCGCCAGAGCUGCAGCACCAUCGAUGGCCGAGACCGUUACGUACGGCUUUACGCCUCUUUGGUUUGGAUCAUCGCUCUUUUCGGGAGCUUCGCCAGACUAGACUUGGUAGCGCCUUUUUCUUGCAAACAGUGUGGGCAUUGGCGUGCCAUGUGAUCUAUGGUGGGCUCUUCUUGGAGGAGCACCCUGGUAUCCCUACACAGCCACACCAUCCAUCAGUAUGGAGAAGUGCUAUCCUUAAGCUCUUCCGGAAACACCCAGACAUUCGACUCCAUGAAAUAGCACAAUGGCGUUUUGGGGCCUCUACAGUGAAGCCUACGGGGCUUUUGGCGUUGCGUAUGCCACACUUCCUUGCUGACCUCUACGCUCAUGCCGAUCCUGGAGCUCGCCGUCCUGUCCAACAAGCGAUUGGUCUUGACCAAGAUGGCAACUUCCGAACGUCUUGCCAUAAGGAAUACCCACAUCGACUCUCAUCUGGAUUUGCAAGUGCGAUCGCCAAUCAGCUGUUGCGUAAUUUCAACGCACAGUCUUUGCGACCUCUUGCUGAUUUGCCACAUCCCCUGCGAGAAUGGGUGCACGAAGUUGCACGUGACAGCGAUUUUAUCAGGUCUAAUACGACUUGGCUGCCUGAUUUCCAGGGUUGA